AUGUUUGGCGAGAUCGAUUAUUCAUUAGUCAAUCCCCCUGGAUCAUCUCAUCAUUUAUCACGUGUUUUGACUGGUGUAUCGGCAACUGAUAUCGAACAAAAUUCACAGCCUUCUCCAGCUAUUAAUUGGCGUUAUUAUUCACUUGAUUUUCUUCUUAACAAUUUCAAUAUAAUGCCUAAUAACGACACAACAUCGUUUAAUUCAACAUUAUCAAAUUAUACUUCAGAUUCCCAAGAAAAACUAUCAUCUAUUGAUGCGGCACCUGAUAAUCUUCUUUAUCUUAUUAUUCCACUUUAUUCACUUGUUUUUGUUAUUGGCACAAUCGGAAAUAUUUUAGUUAUAUUAACUGUAGUUACAGUUAAACAAAUGCGUAAUACUACCAAUGCGCUUAUAUUACAUUUAGCCAUUGCAAAUCUAUCAUUUGUGCUCAUGUGCAUACCACAUACAAUCUAUGUUUAUGUUGCUCAUUCAUAUAAUUUCCCAAAACUUUUGUGCAAACUAGCCAAUACAUUAAUGUAUUUAAGUGCAUAUGUUAGUAUUUAUAUACUUGUAGUAAUGUCAAUCGAUCGAUUUCUUGGUGUUGUAUUUGCUGUUAAAUCAGUUAAAUAUCGUACGGAACGUAAUGCACAUUUAGCCGUUAUUAUUGUUUGGUUAAUAAGUAUUAUUUUUGCUUCACCUAACAUGGUCUAUUAUGAUGUUUUUCUUGAUGAUGCGAAUUCUGGUGUUUGGGUUUGUUUAUUUCGUGCUGAUAGUACUUUUAUCAAUACAGCUCGACGUGUAACAGCAUAUAUUUUUGCUUUAUUUGGUUUAAUUAUUCCAUUAAUUAUCAUUGUUAUUCUCUAUGGUCUUAUUAUAAAUGUUUUACGUAAAAAUGCUAAAGGUAAACAAGUAGCAAAAGGUAAAAAACGUGUAACUAAAAUGGUAUCAGCUGUGAUAUCUUCAUUUGUUAUAUGUUGGACACCAAUGCAAAUCUAUCUAUUAUAUACGCAUCAUAAUCAAGUAACAAUAUCAUUUGCUAUUAUUUCUCAAAGUCUUGUUUAUAUAUCAUCAUGUGUUAAUCCAAUAUUGUAUGCAUUUUUAUCUGAACCAUUUCGCAAAGCAUUUCAACAAUUUUUAACAUGUUCAACUAUUAUAUCAAAUCAUUUAACAAAUCAAAAUGGUAAUGAAACAACUGCUACAGGUAAACCGUCAGUAUGUUUUACUGUGCAACAACAACGAAAGACAAACAAACCAUUACAAUUAAAAUCAAAAUCAAAUAUCAAUAAUUCUCAUCGAGUACAAACAGAGAAUAACUCCGUAUCAACAUUAUCCGAUCCUGUUAAAUACGAUCUUGUAUCAAAUACAAAUACGACUAGUUAA